AUUUAAUAUUUAUCCUACGCCUGUUUUCUUUGCAUCGUAUGUGAUUAUUAUUCUAGGCAUUUUUGUGUACGAUAUUUCCGAUUUUCGGUGGAGCUGGUGCCCUCAUAUAAAUUACCCUUGUGAUGACUCUCGCGACAGCAGUAGUGCUCCUGCGCAAUCGCCGAAUUCUCAUCCAGACGCCGUUGAGGGAGGCACAGCAUAUGAGGAGGAAAUAACGCCCGAUGCCGGGAUUACCAAUAAUAGCAACCAAAAAGCCGGUGGUCUCUAA